AUGCUUGGUUACAAUGAGUUAGUUAUUCUGCUAACUAAUAAUAAUUAUCUUUUUUUCAAACAUUGUAAAAUCAGAAUAUCAAAUUCAAGAAGAAAAAAUACUGAUGAAGGAUAUAGAAGGCCUGCUGUGAGGAGUUGUGUACUGGCCCUGAAGAGCAUAUUGGAGGUAAUAGGAGAGAUAGAUGUGAAAAAAUUGAAUAAGGUGGUGUUGGAAGAGAAUGAAACAAGGUGCUCAGAUUUAGAAGAUGAGUUGGGCAAUCUUGAGAGUUUGUUGUUGAUAGAGGAUCAAAAAGAAGAUGAGUCAGAAGAUGAGUCAGAGGCCGGGGAAAGGUGUAGAGGACCUUGGGUAAAGCUACCCUCAGAAACAAGAAUUUUUACUUCAUUAUUUGACGAGUUGGGAAUUGAGGGAUUAUCAGUACAUGAAGUUUUUAUGAUGGAUGAAAAUGUUAAAUUUGAUCAUCUUGGGUAA